AUGGCAUUAAAAAUUAAAGUAGUUUUUUUUAAUGUUAUCCUGGGGGCGGCCAUACAGACUGGCACGCAGGCGGCCAUAUACCCAGGCACGGCCCUGCUAGUGAUAGUAGAGUCGCACAAGGAGCUAAGAUGUCCGGAAUGUCGGGUCCUGGUCGAGGCGAAGGUGGAGGACCUGCCGCCGAACGUCCUCCUCAUGAGGAUCCUGGAGGGCAUGAAGAAUUCCGCGCCGAGGAAGCUGAGCGUGGUGCAGCGAACGCCAAGGAGUGCUGCUCACUCGCAGGUCGUCAUACCACUGCCUACCCCUACCGCGCUAUGCAAAGCCCUCUAUGACUUCAGGAUGUCCGCUCCCGACGAAGAGGGCUGUUUGGCAUUCGACAAAGGCUACGACCGCCUGAGGGGGGCCAAGUUCGAGAACUACUCUACGCAGGCGCACAGGCCGGAGACGGCGUACCAGAACGUGCGCGCUCACGACCACUUCCCAGUGUCCGUGGGCGGUUUCAACGCGAACAACGCCAGCUCCGACUCCAGCUCCAGCGUGAACACCCCCUCGGUGGGGGCGAGCUCCACCACCACCCCCAACACCAGCUCCGACACGAGCACCUGCGAGAGCGCCGAGCCCAGCCUGCCCGGCUCGCCGGACAACGCCGAGCGAAACUCGGCCGUGUCGACCGCUAAUACGGUCCAGAGUCAAACGGCCGACGCGAGCAACGACAACCAAGAGAGCGAAACCCCUCUGAGCACCUCCAUGGGGGUGCUGAGUCUCAACGAGAGCUCGACGGCGACCAACACCUCGUUGAACGUCACCCUGCCGCCGUCGGAGAGUCCAAAGUUGAAUGCGUCCGCCGCUAGCAGCUGUUCGCAGAAUCAGAACGAUAGUCAGGAAUGCGUAAGCAAUAAUGACCCUUCGCGACUGGACGCACCUUCCUCUUCCAAGAUGAGGUCCGGAUCGAGCGGACCGGACUCGCUUUUGAACUUCGGCUUGGGCCUUCAAGCGGCACUGUCGCCCUCCCACGUCAAGGACGCCAGCUAUCUGUCCAGAUCCCAUAGGGAACAUCAUCACAGAGAAAGGGAGAAGAGACAUAGCUUGACGCCUUCCACGCAUUUGCAGGGCAACCACACGCCACAGAAUAGGCACUCUGCUGAAAUAUUGGCUACUAGUCUGUUGGAUCACGCUCCAGAGAGGGACAGGAAGCGUACUGAAAGAGAGGGGGAGAGGAGACGACGGCGUUCUAGGAGUAACGAGCGAUCUCUGCCCGCUGCUUAUAUCGCUUUGUAUCCGUACAAGCCUCAGAAACCAGACGAAUUGGAGUUGAAGAAAGGAGCUCAACCCCUCACAUACCCGUGGAGCGCGCAAGUCAGCCAAUCUCCGCAACAAAACGCUCAGAGAACGGAAAAGGAAAAGCCCAAGGAAAAGGCGAAAGCGGAGAAGUCUUCGAUAUCGACGGGCGUCAGCCUGAUGAAGCGGCUUGCCGCAAUGAAGAAGUGCAAAUCGCCCCCGCCCGUGAGCUACAGCAUGGACAAUCCCGUGUUCGAGGACGGGCCAGGGCCGUCGCUGGUGGCUCCGCAUCCGGUGCACGUGCGAUUCCGCUGCAUAGCGCCGUACCCCCCCAACUCGGAGUACGAGCUCGAGCUGAAGGUGGACGACAUAGUGGUGGUGUCGCGGAAGCGCGGCGACGGCUGGUACAAGGGGACGCUGCAGCGCACGGGCCGCACGGGCCUCUUCCCCGCCUCCUUCGUGCAGAGCUGCCCGCACGAA